AGAUGCACGUGGUUGAGGAUGGAAAGGGGUGCAGAGGGAGGAAAUGUGGUGGUGUGGGGCAAGAAAGAGCGUGAGAUAACUUGAAUCCUCAGCUCCGAGUCUUUGACUGAUAUAAAAAUAUAGUCUGACAUUUUGCGGGAUAAAAAAUUUACUUAUUGCAACUCUCACCGCUGACUGAACGAAUCUUGCGCUCGUGUUUAAUCGCCGGAAAAAAUUCCGUCCAUUCUCCCCUCUCGUUUUCGUUUUUCUUUCAAGGAAUAUUAAUCUUGCUUGAAGAAGAUGCUUCGAUUAAUAUUUAUGGAGAUUUUUCUGGCAAUUGUGAUUACAGAGGCGGUUCCAAGACCCGAAGACGAACCAAAACAGAGAAUCAUUGAUAAGGAUCUUAGCGAUCAAGAACAUUACGUGAAUUCCCAUCACAACCCCGAAUAUGAUCACGAGGCCUUCCUCGGUGAAGAAGCAAAAACAUUUGAUCAGCUAUCUCCGGAGGAAAGUACUCGAAGACUAGGUUUAAUAGUCGACAAAAUUGACAAAGACAGAAACGGUUUCGUUAACCAAGAAGAACUUAAAGACUGGAUUAAAUAUACUCAACAGCGGUACAUUCAAGAUGACAUCGAGCGGCACUGGAAGUCUCAUAACCCCGAAGAAAAGGAAAACCUUCCUUGGAAAGAAUACAAAAGUCUAGUUUACGGCUUCAUGGAAGAAAAGGAUCACGAAGCUGACAAAACUGAUAACGAGGGUUUCUCUUAUGCCGUUAUGUUGAAGCGUGACCGCAAAAGAUGGUCGGUUGCUGAUCAGGAUGGCGAUGAUGCCUUAACUAAAGAGGAAUUUGCCGCUUUUCUCCAUCCGGAGGAACAGGAACAUAUGAGGGAUGUUGUCGUUUUGGAAACAAUAGAAGAUAUCGAUAAGGAUGGAGAUGGCAAAAUUUCUCUUAUUGAAUAUAUAGGCGAUAUGUACACAAGUGGUGGAGAAGAAGAGGAAGAGCCAGAAUGGGUGAAAAAUGAAAAGGAACAGUUUUCUUCCUACCGGGAUAAAAACGGUGACGGUUUUCUCGACAACGAGGAGGUGAAGAAUUGGAUUAUCCCCCCCGAUUUUGAUCACGCAGAGGCUGAAGCUCGUCAUUUAAUUUACGAAGCAGACACCGAUGCGGAUCAGAAACUUACCAAAGAUGAGAUUUUAGAAAAAUACGAUAUUUUUGUUGGAUCGCAGGCGACGGACUUUGGUCAAGCUUUAGCGAGACACGAAGAAUUUUAGUUUUUAAAUUCACUUUUAAGAAAGCUGAAGAAAAAGAAUGAAAAAGUUUCUACAAUUAUUAAAUUAAGCUCUAUGAGUAGUAUUUCUGUA